AUGGAACGGUGUUUGCGACUCCCGAUCCAGACAAACAAGGAAUCGCAGAGCGUGAAAUUUGUUUGGACGUGGAAAGAGCGACCCGGAGAGAAUGAGUGGGCGCGUGGAUUCGAGGACAGAGCGCAAGUGGUCCGAUGGUUGAACGUGUCUCAGGAACAGUCAGAAACUCACAAUGGACCAUCCAAUGGCGCUACUGUUCAAGCAUCAGAAAGUUGGAAGUUGGCAGUCAACUCCAGCUGGAGGUUCCCUAUCGUUGCUAGCGACUUUCAGUCGGACUCAGUCCACCUGGAAGGAAGAGCACAUUGCUUGUUGAGACGCGAGAGCGUGGGGAUUCCAUCUCCGCAUGCUGGACCAAUGGAGGAGGCCACUAUCCCACUAGCGUGCCAAUGGCCUCUGCUUCCCAAGGGAGUUUCAGCGCUGGAAUUCACCAGGGGGAGGGAUGGUUAUUUCGGGGUCAACAGGAGAGGACGAGAAGGAGCGGUCAUGUGCGCACACCUGACCUUCAUGUCAAGGUUGAAGACACCACGCUCGGCUGCCGUUGAAAAGCAACGACAAGACGCCAUGGUGGAGCUCCGGGGGAAAAGCACACUCCAGCGCAAUUGGAAGCUGGAAGCCAAGACCGGCGCCUUCGAUCAAUCGCAAUGCUCCCCAGGAUGGACAGGUGAGGUUCAUGACGGGGUGCAGCAUUCUUACGCUGUUGUGGGCCAGUGGUUCCGCAAGGCUUCAACGGUGCGCCGGGACCUGGCGCCGAUCGAGUCUGCGGUCGGGUUAUGGUGA